AUGGAGCUUGCAUCACCAACGUACUUGCCGGAAGAAGACACCAGGAAUGAGGAUGAUGACCUUGAUGGUGACGAAGGAACAACCCUUGAACGGGGCGUCGAUUUACCGGCACCGCCACUUCCUCGUGCGACGUACUGGCUUCGUGGCUCUUGGCGAUCGGUGCUGGGAGAUGCGCCCUUCGGGGACGCGUGGCUUGCUGAGUGGAGUGCCUGGGCCGCAGCUCCCACAGCAGCGACACCGGCUCCACCGGGAACUUCAGCAGCACUGCCAGCGCAACCGCCCUCGACAGAGGAAAAGCCGCCUGCCGCUGGAGCAUCGGCGUCGGCAUUGGCAGCAGCAGCAGCAGCAGCAGUGGACGCUACCAGCCCGGAACGACUGGUCCAAGAGGCACGUUCGCUGUUGCGAGCGUGGUUUCAAGAGUAUCGACACGGCCUUGAGCUUUUAGAAGAGACGCGUACUCCAUCACCGGACGCUCGCCAGGCGCUGCACCAGACAUGGACUUUAUGCGACGGCAUGCUUCGGGCUCUCGUGCAGCGCUUGAACGCGCUUCGUGCCUGGCAGGCAGCGCUCCAGCUCGUAUACCUGUCCAUGGAUCAAGUCGAGGCUAUGCGUCACCAAGUGGAAAAGAUUCGAUACGAGCGUGCGCAAAGAGCUGCAUCCACAUGCGCCGGGGACCAGCAAGUCUCCAUAGCAGCCGCCGCUGACGAAGCACAGACAACGUGCGCAAACGUCUGCCAGCAGCAAGCCGUGCUCCAUGAGCAAGCACCAGUGGCGAAAAACGCGGCAACAGAGGCGUUGCUCGCAACCGCCGAGUUGCGAAUGAUCGAGAAGCUGCAAGAGAUUGCUCGUCAGUUUCCAGAUGUAACCGAAUGA